GUCUACAAAAAGACCACUUCAUCCCGUUUCCUUUUGUUUCCAACCAUCACUUCUUCCCAUUCCUCGGACUUCAACCAACGUUAACUUCACUCCAUAACCAGAACAUUCUUCAAAGCUCAGCAUGUCUUACCACAGUGACCAGACUUUCGUGUCAGGGUCGUCCAUACCAAGCCAUAUCAUGUCAAGGUCUCCCACGCCAAAAGCCCCAAAGCCUCGGCAUAAAAGAUCGCAUACAGUUCUCCGCAUGAGUUCACCAGAGCUCAACCGGCAAGCGGACCGCCGUCGAGAUAAGCCUUCUCCUAAGAAGACACCUGCGUCUUCAGCUGAUACCUUCUGUGGUGUGGUCAACUGCCGUCAUUGCCCCAAACGAGAAACGAGUCCAUGGUCGAGUGCUCCAAACCGAAGUUUGACAGGAACUCCGUCUUCUUCAGCACAUGGUAGACGAGAAGGACAAUAUAAGGGACAGCGGGUCGUACCUAAGACAAAGGUAUCUCAAUCUUCGCGUCACAAAGGUCCACGUGCCUCGAAAUCAAAAAGAUCAAUGCAUAACAGACGCAGUAGCACAGCCAGAGGCCGCUCAACCAGUGUAUUGUCUUCGCGCAAACACCGAAAUAGAGCCAGAACUCUAUCUCCGCCGCGUAGUUCCACCGUGGCGGGAGGGUAUUCUUCCGAUAGAACUCUCUCUCAUGGAAUGCGUUCAGCAUCAACGCAGCCCUACCAUUCACAUACAACAACGAGACUGACCUCACCAGUUUAUUCAUCUUCCAGAAGCCCGUCGCCGGCUCGUAGCUCCCGCAAAUCUUACUCAUAUUCUACCCUGAAGAAGCACGCCCACUGCAGCAAACGAAAUUGCACCCUGAGAAGGCAGUACAAUGAGAAGCGUUCUCAUGGAUCUCGACACAGGUUCCCCUUCCCAGCCCCUGAAAUGGAUGAGGAUUCCCAAAGACGUUGGCUGGGCUGGCCUAAGCAUUGCACCUGCACGAUCUACCCGGCAGUACCCGGCGAGGCCCCAAAGCGCCCUGAGCAUGAGGAGAGUCCAGCAUACUUCAUGAAACCGAAAAUUUAUCUUACCGAGGAUGGAGAUAUUACGGUGACUGACCCUGUUGGGGGAGUGUGUUACACCUUCUAUGCCAGGUACCGUAGGAGAUAUUCCAAGGACGGUAGGAACCCAACAGCUUGGUUCAAGGCUGUUGGGGCUCUCGAUUUCGAUCCUUCCAGGCCUGACACGAUCUCGUUUGGAUAUCAUUGUCCUUGCUACGACGAGUUUCACGGCAAGGGAGCAAGUGCCCAUGUCAUGGCAGCCUUGGAAAAGAAAGGAAAACAGCUUGACGCUGUUCGGGACUGGCAAGGGGACGUGCCAAGUUUCGUACCUGAAUACCGUACGAGUGUGUUGGGUGCCACAGGUGAGGCUUUUGCAAGAGCGGUCGAUGUAUUUAAAGGACGAUAUCGUGCGGCGUUUCCAUGGUUGGACGGAAAUGCGGCCGAACAAAAGGCUCAAGACGAUGUAUACUGGCUGGGCUACCAAUAUUUCCGUUACGGCCAACAAUCGGGGACGGUGGGAUGGGCCGACGACCAGGAUUUGGUUAAAGACUAUGGCGCUCAGCUGUGGGAUGCUUCGGGUUGGUUCGAUGCUUAAUUGUCGAUGUUCGACGCUGGGGAGAGAUAACGGAGAUAUCACUUGCAAGUGACGUUGCUUUCUCGUAGAUUAGUCGGGCAGGUAGAAAUGCUAAACACGUUG